CUUGUCGGUGGGCGUCUGAGUGGGUUGUGUUUCGUAAACAAACAGGUUAUGUGUUUCUUGUUGAAAAAAAGAAUGAUAACUGGAGCAGAGUAAACGAAAGUGAAAAGCAAUCAACAUCUGUUCUCACAUUUUCGUCGACCAGUCUGUAUUUUAUACCUGCAUCUAUUUUUUUCUAUUGCUUAAGGAAUUCAACCGAAUUCGUUUUAAUUCGUGAUUUAUAUUUUGUGUUUAAAUGAUGGGUGACAACUACAUCAGGUUAGAAAACUAUGAGAUGCUAAAAGCACUGUACGAAUUCAAGGCAACCUUUGCUAAAACUCUAAGCUUUCGAGAAAACGAACAUUUUAUACUGUAUCAAACAAAUACAAAACAACGAAAUUGGUGGCAGGUUGUGAACAGCUUGGGGCAGCUUGGCUAUAUACCAUCUAACUAUGUUACUACGGUCAAGGUCGAGCCUCAAUUUUUGAUUGAUUACCUGAGGAAAUGCAUAGAGAAAUUGCAAACCGAAAUUCAACAGCAAGGCAGCUCCGUUCAAGCUGAUAAGCAGGAUCUUCUAAUGAGGCUUGUGGAAAAGGAGAGACAAGCAGAGCUUGGCAGAAAAGUAAAAAAGCAAGCACCUAUGCCUCCGGUUUUUUCGACUUCCACCUUAGGAAGAGAUACAACUAAUCAAACAGUCUAUACUAAUCCGGAUGGCGAUGCUCGAUCUGCUCCUAGCAAUACGUCCUAUGCCACUGCUCAAUCUACACUUCAUUACGAUGCCGAUCCUGCAGACGCCCAACUAAUUGCACAAUGUAGGCGGAUGACUGUAAACGAUCAGCGCAGACAGCUACCUAGACAAUCUUUAUCUGAUACAAUUCACACUAGCCAAUCUGAACCAAUUCAAAUGAAAAGAAGUCCUUCUCAAAGUGCAUUGAACACUGUAGGAAAUUCCUCACCAAUAAAAAGCAGCUCCUCAACUUCGUGUGAGAUUAAUUCAAAAGCUGCUUAUCAGCUACUCGAUCAAGUGAGACGAAAUACACAACUUAGUCACGAAAUGUCGAAAGUUGCAGUUGCUGUGGUUGUUUCUGGUCUGCAGGAACUUUUACCAGCUAGUAUAAGUCAUUAUUUUGCUGCAGUGCUGAACCAGCUUCAAGUGCCAUUGAUUGCCUCAAAAAUGAGUAUUGAAGAAACACACGAUGCCAAUAGGCUCAAAGUUAUUUUUACAGAGCUUACUUCUUGCAAGGAGGAUUCUCAGCAGAGAAGUUGGAUGUUGUAUGAAGAUGAACCUAUUAUUGUCGAAUACAUCAAAGAGCUCACAUCCAUUCUGACAAAUGCAGAUGCAAAUGUUUCACGACAUGCAUUAAGAUCGGACCAAUAUAAUGGCGUAACGACAUUAAUACAAUACUACCAAAUGGAACCCAGAUGGACUAUUAGGCAACUGCUUCUGCAAUCAUUUGGUGUUAUGUGCAGUUUGGAUGCAGUAGUUCUUACCAUCAUGUUGAACAGUGUUCUGCCAAUGGAAUUAGCAAGUGAUAUGAGAACGUACCCAAGGAAUGUGCCAAGGCUGAAUUAUUCUUCGCUGUUGCUUACUAUGAUCUUCUCAAUGGGUGAACCAAUGCCCGUCACUCAUUUGGAGCAGCUGGGAACAGAUUUUAUAUCAUUCCUUUUAGAAUUGAUAGAAAAUCCUCCUGAUACCGAUAUGGAUGAUCAAAUACCAGAUUUAUUUUUGAAUUUGGUUCUGUCCUAUAAUUUGCAAUUCACCACUUCGGAAAACAUGGUAUUAAAUGCAUUAAAACUGCGAACUGUGGCAAAAACAUUUACAGAAAAAAUUCUACUGCUUCUUAAUAGAGAAGAGGAUCCGGUACGAAUAUUUGAUCAUCAACCUGCUCCUCCACAUUCUGUACUCAAAUUAUUUGUUGAUCUCUUCAGUAAUGAUGUUACUGCAAACUUAUUUUACACCAACGAUAUUAAAGUCUUGAUUGACAUUAUUGUACGGCAGUUGUUUGAUAUCUCACCAGGAGUGAAGAAACGCAGACAGUAUUUGGAGCUGUGUCGGAGAGUGUUGAGAACUGAAAGCUACAAUGAACAUCGUCACAGGUGUGAAGACGUGUUGAAAUGUUUCACGAGGAUAUUUUGCGAAGAAUUGCCUGAGAGUAAAUCUGAUCAAAAAUUGGUGCGUGAAAUCAGUAACGAAUUUCCACAUCUAUUCAAGAUGUGACAUAUGUUGCCACCCUCUGCUACUUCUGACGAAGAUGAAGAGGAUCUACACACAUUAGUUUAGAGGAAUAUGUUUUAUCAAUGAAGAGGAAUCUUCCAAGCCACAAACAUUUACUACCAGAUAUGUUGAGCGAUAGAACGUAUCACGGAAAACCGUAACAGUGGCAAGUAUCAUGAGAUAUCGAUCUCAAUUUCAUGUAAUAUAGUUUUGGCUGGUAGUCUGACGUCUUUAGUCAUAUCCGUGAAGAUAUGGCGAAAAUUAUGAUAUCCUGCAAUUUUAUGUGAGAAAGUUGAAAGAGAAAAUUGAGCUAAAACUUGAAUAGUGCAUAUCUGAUGUUUGCAGGUGAAAAUAUCGUGAUUUACUUGUAUGUUAAAGAUCGAAAUCGUGUUAAAUGUGAAAAAAAUAGCAAAGGUUUAAAAUUAAACCAUUUAGAUGGACCGCUUCUGUUCAUUUGAGGUAUGUCGGAAGGCGUAGGAAACGGAUGACAGCUGGGGUUCAAUAUGACAACUUCUUAUUUGAAUAAUCAUUCAAACGAAUUACUAUUGCUAGUAUGAAUAUUGGAGGGAUUAUUGAUUCAUACAUAUAUAACAACCGAAUUUAUCUAGGGUUAGUAUUUUUCGAAUACAGCUUGGAAUGAUCAUCAAGAUAUAAUACUGAGUUUUAAGUCAGCUUUACAUUAUUGAGCACAAAAUAUGUAUAUUGUCCGCUAAACUUAACAUUGGCACAGUUACCGUUGAUCUGCGCGAAUUAUAUUUUAUGAGAUUAUUUUAUGAACACGGGAGAUGGUCAAGCUCGUUGAACUAUAACCGACUGUAGAAAACAAUGAUGCGUUUAUUUAGAGGAGAUAUUGUGGCGAUUCUUUUAUGACUUUCAGUCUAGUCUUUUACAUUGUGUACACUAUUGAAUAAUACGUUCUAAGUCGUAAAAUAGUAGCAGUUUUCCGAACUUCAUGUUAUAACGAACGUCAUAUAGCUAGUAAUGUAAAAGCAAUUCGUAAAUUGACUAGUACAUGGAUGAAUUAAAUCUAGCUUAGGAAAAAUUUACAUUUCAAGAUAGAUUCGCGAUAUAGUAAUAGCAGCUCGGUUCGUGAUUUCGUAUCGGAAUAUCCAUGUUAGUAAC